CGCUGAGCGGAGACGUGUGUCGAGAUAUGCUGGUGGCUCUUCCAGAGUGCCGCCCUGCCCUGCGCUGCUUGGGCGUGUCCCGAGCAGAGGACCUAAGGGCAGAGUUAUUGAGAGCGGAGCACCUGAAGGCGGAGGCUCAGUGGGAGGAUGGCCAAGAGGGGGCUCGGAGGUCUAUGGCAGAGCGGGACGGCAGACCAAAGCUAUCGCUGCGACGGUUCUUCUCCUCCAUCGGGCUGCACAGUGUGGGCAGGCUGGUGAAGGGAGGGCGCUCCAGCAGCAUGGAACAGCUCAGCAUCUCAGUGCCGCGGGCCAGCUCCGCCUCACCCAGCCCCACCCACACCCGCCUGCAGAGGACCCCCUCACUACAGGCCCUGAACACAGUGUCCCCACUGGCCCAGCUUCGGAAAGCCUCCUCUGUGCAGAGUCUGGAGAGGAGAGUGGAGCGUUCGACCAUUCUGAGAGAGGUGUCCGUGCCUAACAGCCUGGCACCCAGGGUGAUUCAGAAAGCCCUGAGCGUGGAAGAUGUGUUAGCCCCUCGGGUGGUGCGUCCCGUGGGUCCAAUGGGUCGGGUUGUCCAGGCCUUCCCUGAUGGGACCCUCCGGUUGGAGCUCACCAGACCCCCUAAUGGCCCUUUUGGGUUCGUCAUCUCACGAGGCAAAGGUCGACCGGUCACAGGUGUGUACGUGGAGCAGGUAGGGGACGGUACUGAGGAGGGCCUGUACUCUGGGCUCCUGGGUGUUGGGGAUGAGAUCCUGGAGGUGAAUGGGGAGGCGGUGGUCGGACUGACCCUGGAUCUGGUGACACGCCUCAUGACCCGCGACAGCACCGCCUCUAUCCGGGUCCUGCCACACCGUCGGAACCAUCGCUGAGCAACACCACAAUGGAAUAUUCCAUUAUCCAUUUCAAUGAAAAAACAUACUGGAUACUGCGCCAUGAUGAUGUCAUGACGAAAACAUGAGAAUGGAAAUAGGCAUAAAGAGACAUUUUUAACUCAGGGAGAACCAAAGGAAGGACAUAAUACAUAUCCUUAUGCUUGUCUAUUAUUAGGCCUAGUCAUUGAAGAUUCAGGCAACUUUUUGUGAAUCAAAUCUGUUGUCAGAUAAAACAAAGUAUAAAGAAAAUGUUGCACUGAAGAUGCAAGUGAGAUGAUCUGCAGUGCCUUCAGAAAGUAUUUAUACCCCUUGACUUAUU